AUGGCACCCACGAAUGGCAAAAAGCGCACAACGAUGCGCGCCAAAGUCGCCGCAGCCUCUCGCCCAGCAACCACUGCCACAACUGCCACAACCUCGUCGGCAAACACAAAAGCCGGCAAGCGAGCCCUCAAACACGACACGCUCAUCUCUCGCAUCGAAAAGUCACAAAAGAAGCCCUUGAAACGCCGUCGUCCUGGCAAGAAACUCAACACAGCCUUAGACUCGCUAGCAGAUGCUUUGCCAGAGCUCGAGGAAAACAGCGAUGAUGAAUGGGAAGGUAUCGAUGAGGACGACAAAGACAUGGAUGGUGCACUGGGCGAACUGAGCAAGAUGGUCAGGGUCAGAAAGGCAAAGCCUGCUGAUGGGAAGAUGAAGUUGAAGACACUCAAAUCGCGACCGGGUGCCUUGAAGAGGAAGCAAAAACUGGAGGAGAGUGAGAAGGAGAGGUUUGGCAAGAACUUGGCAAGUAUGAGUGUGCCUGCUCAAGCCGCGUCUGAUGCUGGAGAUUCGUCGAACCGUUGGGCUGCCCUUCGUGGUUUCAUCGGCCAAACUCUGGAGCAGAAUCCUGGCUUUGCGAAGAAGGCUUGA